AAAAAGUUGAAGUAAAGGUUUUAGCAGUAUCUUCUAACGGAGCAAGGGAAGGAGACAGAGGAACGACAGAACUUUAUCACCAUGACAACUCACUUUAUCAGGGGCCCGGCUUAUGGACUCAGCGCCGAGGUCAAGAACAAGUUGGCUCAGAAGUAUGACCCCCAUAGGGAGGCCGAGCUCAGAGAAUGGAUUGAAAGCACCACGGGGAGAAGCCUUGGGAACAAGUUCAUGGACGCGUUGAAAGAUGGAGUCAUUCUGUGCGAGUUGAUUAACAAGCUUCAACCCGGUUCCGUUCGGAAGAUCAAUGAGUCCACACAAAACUGGCAUCAGCUGGAAAACAUUGGGAACUUUACCAAAGCGAUCACAGACUAUGGAGUCAAACAACAUGAUAUAUUUGAGGCCAAUGAGCUAUUUGAGAACUGCAACCUAACCCAAGUCCAAUCUACGCUCCUGGCCUUAGCCAGCGUGGCCAAAUCUAAAGGUGCGAAGGUCCCUUUUGGAGUGAAAUAUGCAGACAGGCAGGAAAGGAAGUUUCAACCCGAAAAACUCAGAGAAGGAAGAAACAUUAUUGGAUUGCAGAUGGGCACCAACAAGUUUGCCAGCCAGAAGGGGAUGACUUCUUAUGGCACUCGCAGGCACCUGUAUGACCCCAAAUUGGGCACUGACCAGCCAUUGGAUCAAGCCACUAUCAGCCUUCAGAUGGGCACCAACAAAGGAGCAUCCCAGGCUGGCAUGACGGCUCCUGGUACCAAGCGUCAGAUCUUUGAGCAGAAGCUUGGCAUGGAACAUUGCGAUACCCAAACCAUCUCCCUGCAAAUGGGAACCAACAAAGGGGCAUCUCAACAAGGCAUGACCGUGUAUGGGCUGCCCCGCCAAGUCUACGACUCCAAGUACUGCCUCCAUCCCAACUCCGAAGAAGGGGAAGAUGGAAACUAUGACCACAGCCACCAAUAUUACAAUUCUGAGUAAAACUGCACCCUCUCCCCAAAUAAACCCUACACCCUC